AUGCCUAAUAAUAACGACGAAAUUAUACAUUAUAAAAAGACUGAACCAACGAAAAUCCUGAACUACCAAAACUCAGAAACCGACGCAGAUCCACACAAUUCCAACCGUGAUUUCUUUUUCGCUCAUAUAGGGUGGUUAAUGAUGAAAAAACAUACGGAAGUGAUUAGAAAAGGAGCUAGUAUUGAUAUGAGCGACAUAAAAAAUGAUCCAAUUCUGGUUUGGUUCGACAGAAACAUAAGUUAUCUCAUGAUAUUGUUCUGUUUCCUCAUUCCCUGUACGUUCAUUCGAUAUUAUUUAGAAGAAUCUUGGUUUUGGAGUUUUUUAACUCAACUAGGCAGAUACGUGAUUUUGUUAAAUGGAAUUUGGUUGGUGAAUAGUGCAGCCCAUCUAUACGGAAAUAAACCUUAUAAUAAGACUAUUAAUCCAAGAGAAAAUUUGUUUGUGAGCAUAGUUAGUACAGGAGAAGGUUGGCAUAAUUACCAUCACACAUUUCCCUGGGAUUACAAAGCUUCUGAGUACGGAAAAUGGAACUUAACGACUCAUUUCCUGAAUCUUGCCGCAAAGUUAGGUUUAGCUUACGAUUUAAAAUCACCAUCUGAUGAAUUAGUAAAGAAAACAAUUGAUAAAGUUGGAGACGGGACUUAUUCGCAUUACGUUAACGAAAACGGUGACAUCGUAAAAUUGGGAUUAGAUUAA